AUGGAAGGCGCAGCUCUUGCAGGUGGCCGGGUUCUCCCCAAAGACUUUGCCGAGUUCGAGAAGCUGUUCAAGAUACCCGUGCCCAAGCUCUCCGAAGCGGCCUACUACCUCUCCACCCUCGCGCAGGCGAAAGAGUAUGCGCAGGUCUGGGAGCUGGCAGAGGCCUUUGCGCAUAUGGAGGAUUGGCUGGUGAAUGUGGAGCAGAAGCACCGAACGAUCACCAAUUACAAGAUGUCGGUCAUGGCGAAGAUCAAGGACGCGGUCACCGCCACUGCUGCGCACCAACGGAGUGAUUCCAUUGACGUGUUCGUGGCGGUCGCUGCCAGGAAAUACCAUGAGCACCACAGGGACGAAUUCCCUGCAGACCUCGCACGCCUGUGCGAGCACUUUGCGGCCGCGGCCGGCAUGCGCCUCGACUGUCAAGCUGCCAUCGUGAACUACUACGCUCCUGAAACGGUGCUCUGUGGGCAUCUGGACGAUGUGGAGCUCACGUUCGAGGCGCCCAUCGUCUCCAUCAGCCUCGGUCUGUCCGCCAUUUUCCUGUUGGGCGGACGAACACGGGAGGAGAAGCCGCGAGCGAUGCUGCUACGCUCGGGGGACGUGGUGGUCAUGGGCGGCGCGUCGCGGCUCCUCUACCACGGCGUGCCUCGCAUCCUCCCCGCCACCCUCCCGCCAGAACUCGCGCACCACCGCCUCGCGGGCACGGAGCCACACCUGGCCCAUGUGGUGGACUACCUGAGCAAGCGACGCAUCAACAUCAACGCGCGCCAGGUGCUGCCGACGGGCUGCGACUUCCCAUCAACGGCAGCAUCCCCAGAAAAAGGCGAGCUGGCGUGCUGA